CUUUCCCGUGGUUAUUGGUCUCUCACUGUCGAACGAAGCAGUUGCAUAUUAUAACAACAGCCAAACAAGUCUUACGUCCGCAAACACAUUAUUUGGAUUUAAAAUCAGUUAGAAUAACGCGUUCAAUGCGAACAGUUUGUAGUUGGAUAAGCGAGAGUGUGAAAUAGCGCUAAACGAAACGAACGACGACAAUUGAUACAACGAUUUUCGUUCCAAAAAAAAAAAAAUAAAAAAAAAUUUAUUCGCGGUGUUAAAACAAGGUGAUUUUUUAUUUUGAAAAAGAAACAACAAAAUCAUCAAGCGAUAACAAUAAACAAAUCGAACAUAAAUACGUUCGAAAAGAAAAUUGCGCGCGGUAAAAGGAUUGAAACGGUGGAACCGCCUAGCAUCCACACAAGAAACAGUAACCAACCACUUGCGUUUUUCAAACGUCAUUUCAAAAACCACCAAGAUAGUGCUCUAGUUUAAUUACGACGCGCCAAUACUUAAUCCCAGCGACACACACAGAGCAUAGCUCCUUUUUUCUCAAAAGAGAAAAUAAACGAAAACAUUCCUUAGUGCAUGCAAAAUCGAAAUCGAAUUCGGUGAAUCGGAAUAGUCCUGAACCAAACAUAUCAAGAAAAAGGAUAGUCAAAAUUGGACUUUUUUUCCAUUGGUUGAAAGAGAAAAAAGAAGUGAAAGAUUUCGGAAAGCGGUGGUGGUGAUUCAUUGAAAAUCGAUACACAUCGGAAACGUCGAAACGAGAACUUUAUUGAGCAACAUUCACACACACACAUUUCACGGAUUAACCGCAAAACAGCAAUAUCGUGUAGUACGCCGCGCGCCCCAUACAUCAAGCUCCUGUCUAAUUAACCAACACAUAAUUUCGAACGCAGUUAUUGCCUAGGCAUAGGCAAACACAUACGGCUGCUAUAAAUUGCCCGGCCGAGGCGGAGGCGGGUUGAGAAAAGAACCAAUUUCGUGGAAGAAAUUCACAUAAAAUCAAAUACAAAGCAACAGAGAAAAACAAAAUCAAAACAAACAUGAGGCUAUCAAUAUCAAUUGGCAUUGUACUGAUCAUUCAGUGUUGCUUUGUGGCAAUCCAAGCGACGACCAAAAGUGUGUUGAUAUACAGCAAUACAGUUGGCCAAUUGGUAACAUCCAACACAUUGGGGUGGCAAUAUUUUGCUGGCGAUCAGAAGCAAUUAGAGUUUGCCGUUGAAGCGGCCCAAUAUCAUUCAGAACAAGAGAAUUAUCCAAUUUAUGUGUGUCGAUCUACUGUCGACGGCAUCACUGUUACGGGCCACACACAGAAACGUGAUUCACGUACCGUUUGCAUUAUAUCGAUGCAUUCGGAUGUGCGUUCGCAUCAUGCGUUUGAAGUGUUGCUGAACAAAGGCAAUGGCGGGAAAUUAACAUGGAAACCCUGGAACAAAUACAGUGCAGUCAUUCCAACUGGAGCGGUUAGCGCCACAAGCGAUGGUCAUGUGGAAGAUAACUAUGUAGCUCGACGAAAGGCUCAUACAGAAGGAGGACACGAGCAACAUCACCAUCAUCACGGUGGCAUUGAUUAUAAUGUUGGACGCUUCGCCCCCAAACUUAACCUGGGCAAAGUUAUUGUUCCGGUGGUCAGCGCUGAAAAGGAAUACGAAGAUGGUGAAAUUCUAGUGGAAGCUGAGCCAAUUCGCUAUGAGUUGCGUGACAUCAAAAAAGAUAAGUGGCGCACUCAAAUCACAACAAAUGUCACGAUUUUGGGCACAGCUGUUUUAUCGAACACUGACGAAGGCACCAACACCAUUGAAUCAAUCAUCACGUAUGAAUUCAAUAAAGGCAUCUACUGGGGAACGGUUGAAUUUGUUGCUCGAGGUUUGCCAACCGAAGUCUAUGAGAACGCCAAAUCAUCACCAGUUAAAUUGCCCAAAGGCUGGGGAUUUGAAGACACUGAGAAAACUACCGAGAUAAAGCAAGUGAGCGCUAGUUUACAGCCGGGCACAGCGAUGAAUGUUACAUUAAUCGGAAAUUAUACGAAAUCGGAAGGCCCGUACAAGGCAAAAUUGAAGUCAUACUAUGCAGACAGCGACGAACCAAAAACCAGAGACAUUGAAGCAAUCUUCUGGAUGCAAGAUAUGUUGGAUGUGCACUUUGAAUACGGUCCAAUAUACUGGCAACACAAUUCAACAUUGGUACCAACAACAACAACCACCACGACGACGACGACAACAACAACCACGACCACCACCACCGAAGCGUCGAGUACGACCAACAAAAAUAAGAAUCCAUCGUUGGCAAAUCGUGGCAAUUUCAUUGAUAACAACGAUAUUCCAGAAGAUGCACCAGACGCUGCUACUGAAGCCAAAUACAAGCUGCAAAGCGAAUCGAACAGUAACAGUGCAAACGGCGGAGAUACGAAUUCGGCUAGCCGAUUCAGUAAUAGUUGGGCAUCGUCUGUGAUUUCAAUGGGUUUUGUGGCGCUAUUCUUUUGUAUCCGACACAAAUACAAUGUUUAAACCUGCUUAUUUUUUUCCUGCUGCAAUACAUCUUUUUCAUCGUUCAGCUGUUGUUGUUGCUGCUGCAAUUGAAAUUGCUGUUGGUCCAAAUCAGUUUGAAUUAAAUCCAAUUCAACACGUUCCACGUUAAUGUUGUUUUCGGCGUCAACGGCGUGCGGCAAAGACGUUUUGUCGAAUUGUGUUAAUUCGCUGUUGCAGCUGUUCGCUUUCUUGUUCGGCUGAUUGAACCAAGUUGAGUGCCGCUUGAAUGGUCACAAUUCGGAGAGAUACGUUCAUAGGUGUAUGUUCACUAGAAGAAUUGGAUUCAGAUCUUCGGUCAUGCGGUGACCGAGAACGUUCGGAAUUUCGAGAUUCUCGUCGACUUUGGUGAGAUUUCCGUGAUGAUGUUGGAGAUCUUCGGUCAUGCGAUGACCGAGAACGUUCGGAACUUCGAGAUUCUCGUUGACUUCGGUGAGAAUGAUGUGAUGGUACUGGAGAUGGUGGUUGAGGUGGUGGUGGUUGAACUCUAUUUUUGAUUUCGGUUGCAAUCAUCAAUCGAAGUGUGUUGUUGUAUCCUUCUCUCAAACCAAAGUGAACAGACACCAAUUCCCCGUUAGCUAAUGAGCCCACCGCAAAAUGUUGAAUAACUAUGUAAUCACUAAUUUGCUGACGUGGGAUUAUUUGUGGUGGAACGUCCCGUGUCUCAAAAAACAUAAUCGGUGGAGCCAUCUGUAACAAGAGCAUAAAAAAAGAAUUCAAGCCAACGAAUUUUCAAUUAAAGUGAAACACGACUUCUAUAGUCGACAGAUAUUUUUCGAUUCACUUUCAAGCGAAGAGAAUUUAUGUUGCACUUUUAAAAAUACAGAAUAUUGUUUAUUAUUCAACUUUAGUCAAUUUUAUUCCUAACCAAGCACCGGUUCGGACAUAGAAAUAUGUUUACCUAGAUGUUCUAUACUGUAUAAAUAUGCAAAGCAUAGACGCAUACGAACGACCGUGCGACGAACGUAUCACCAGAGCCAUCGUUGUUUGCAGUAUAUACAGUAUACACUGUAUUCAUACACACACUUACGCGUGCGUCUCACAAUGCACGAUCGCCCGUUGAUACGUUCGUCGCACGGUCAUCCGUACGCGUCUAUGCUUUGUAUAUUUAUCUUGCAUAUUUCUAUAUCCGAACCGAUGCUUGUUCCUAACCACUCAGUUGGAAAAUGAAAUUUAAAAUUAAUUUUUUUCUGAUAAGGUUUUUUAAUCAUGGUAGUAAAUUUUUUGCAAAAAAGAAAUGUGAAAAAAAAAAACGAAAAACAUUUCCGAAGCUUGAAAUUUGGAUUUGACACGUUUACACAAUUUCACACUUACUUGGAUGCUAUUGCCUGCCCUUCAAACUGGGUCAACAUAGGAGGCCAACACUAUGUGCCAAUGAAAUCUAUGGGACCAGGCGCAACUUUCGUAUGGCUCAUUUUCAGUGCCCAGUCCAAGUCUUGGCCAAGUUGUUCUUAUUUGUCUGAAAUGUUCAUCACGAAACGAUCAUUCGUCUUGUUCUUCGAAGAAAAUUGUACCAAAUUUGGCCCAUCAUAUUCCAUGUUCCAUGUUCAAUGGUCUCGAAUCGUUUUUUGUGGGAGGUCCCAAAAUGUUACCAAUUACAAUACUUUUGCUUAAACAGUGUGAUGUGUGCGCGUGGAAAAGCAAAAUGAGAACGAUUUAACUGAUCGAAAUGAUACAUACGUAAUUAAGGAAAUGCACAAUAAAAUAAAAUAAAGCACACGCGUGCGGUAAGCGUUUGAACUGGAUCCAAACUAGACAACUAUCGCGUACAAUAGAAAAUGCAACGAAUUCCUGCUGCUGCUGCUGCUGCUGCUGCUGUUGUUGCCACAACAGAAACACUCUACAAUUUAGAGUAUGUUUUUGAAUGCGAAUCAUUUAAUUUUUGUCGAUUACAAUCUAUUUCAAAGCGAGCGCUCACUUUCUCUUCGUCUCAGUUUUUUCUAAUCUUCAACUCUCCGUUUUCCGUUCUUUCUCCCUCUAAUGAGAGAGAAUUCGAGAAAAAUCGUGAUAAAUUGAUGAAAUGGAACGAAAUUAUUCUCAUGAGAUAUCCGUAAAUGAUAGUUAAUUAGCCAUAGAAUUAGCAUAGCCCAGAUGACCGCUCCAUUUGCUACGCUCGAAUUUCUGAGAGCCCAUCUCAUUGGAUUAGACCACCUACAACUUUCCUUUCCGAUGCAAUCAAACUUGCAUUGCAUCGCACUCACACACACAUACACACAGCACCGCGUUGAUGAUGACGUCGACUACCAUGGUGGGCGUAACAAAUUGAAUUGGUCUCAAUAUGUGAUUCACUGAUAAAACAAUAUCAUGGCCAGAGAUAAACAGUAGAUUGAUGCGAUUCGUGUGCAACUUGUGGAUUCGGGGUUAUAUUUUUUGUUGUGGGAUUUUUGAAUUUCGACCAAAAGUGUCACCUUGCAUCGAAUACACGAAGAAGAUUUCAAUGGAUGGUUUUUUGAUCACAUAGUGCAAUAGAACUUCCUUCACAGCUUAAAGAUCGUUCUGAAAUUUCAAAAUUAUUUUUAAUGCGUUGAAAUAGGACUCUCCAGAAAUUUAAAGCAAAGUCCAAUGUGGGCAAAUGGAGUUUCUUUCAAAUUUGUAUUCCCUUUUCUUCUUUAAUGUUGAAUCGAAACCGCGUACCUUAUGAAAGAAUCAUUAGUUCAUAUCAUAUCAUAUCAAACCGAACGAAGAAGAAUGCAAAGAUCUUCAAAAAUAUGCGGUGAUUGUCUUGCAGAGUAAUCAAAUGUGUUUGGAGUUGAACAGAAGAAAUAAAAUUUGCGGAAGAAAGUAAACAGAAUGUCUGUCUUAGCCAAUUCAAAAAUAUGGCAAUUCACACGGGAAUGAUAGUUCUGCGUGUGUGUCAAGAAAUAAAGAAAUAAAGGGAAACAAUUCUACGAACAUUUUGUAAAAUGUAAACAGCGAACUGUUUCAUAACUUUAUCUAAUCAUUUAAUCGCUGUGUGUGUCGAUAAUUUUAAGCAUGACAGUACAUUGUUGUUUAUUAAAUGGAAAUUGAUUUUCGUUUUCGCAAUAAAAUCCAAUAGAAAUUUGUCCAAUAUAUCUGUAUAUCGCGAUCGAUUUGUGUGAUAAUGAUGAAAUUGCCUGUUAAUCACUUGGUAUGUCUCACAACUACACUUUGCCAACUUUUCUAUUUAUAGUGCUGUCUCGGUUACAAUUAGAUUAAGAACGACAGCAGAAAUUGUUUUGUCGGCUCUUAUCUGUGUGCAAACCAGGUAAAUUCUUCCAAAGAACCUUGCGUACAAAGGGUACAAUUCACAGAGCAUUUCAAAGCCAAUUAAAUCAAUAGUAAUAUAUGGAGAGAUAGAUAGAUAUAAAUGCGAUUCGAUUGCUUUCACUUAUUAGUAAUCUACCUGCUGAUAAUGUGGACGCAAUUUUUUUCUCUCUCUCUUUCUCUCUGGUACGAAUAUGUUCUUUGCUCACACCAAACGAUCGACAAUCAUAAUGUAAUGCGAUUUCAACGAUUGCUAAAUUUCACACUGGCAGACGUUUCAAACGAUAUACGGCAAUUGAUUAUUGCGUUGAUUUUCUAGCAUUCGUCUUCACCGAAUUUCGAUUUGUUUGUGUGCAAAGAUCGUGAAUUUGGAAAAUUCUUUUUUUUUUGCAUUUACCUAUGUGCUUUUGAUUUAACAUUAGAUUUUUGUCAAAAUUCGUGGACAUAAUUCUUGGUCGAGAUGAUUUUAGUGGAAUUUCUCAUUUUUAUGCUUCUAGUCACGAUUGGAAUUUGUAUAUUGGUGCGAACUGAAUUGAGUUUUUUUUUUGUUCAUGACGUGUACUGACUAACUGUGCUUUCAAUUUUAUCAGUAUUUUUGUUGUUCAUCGGCUUUGCCGUCACGGACAGAAGAACCUCCGGUUUCAGCCACACAACCAAUUUCACAACAUCAAAGAGGUUUGUUGGAAGGCUUCUUGUUUGUUGUUAUUUAGGCUUUGUGCGCUAUACUUUGUGCUCCAAAGAAAUUUUUUUUCUAAUUUUCAAUGAAAUCAAUUUUAAAAUGAAAUAAUCCAUUUGUUUCAGCUACACGCGGGAAUAAAACCGAUGACGAUAUGCCUCCAGUAUUUGCGAUUGCAUCCGCAUCGGGUUCAUCACGAUCGAUUAAUGAUCACAACGAUAUUGGAUUUGUUGAGUUUUGCAUUGAUGACCAACCACCACCAAAGUAUGACGAUGCAAUCGUUAUAAAACCACAAAUGCCUAUCACCGUGGUUUAGAUCGACAUUUUGUCACAUUUCAACUAUAGUUCACCCCGAUGAGCUAUCAAUCCAUUUUUUGCACAUUUCGAACAGCUAAUUUCUUUUUUUCUUUCACUCAAAUUACCUCAAACAACAACUUCAUCCGUUAAAUGUCUCAUUUUGGUAUACAAAUGCCUCGUUUCAUUUUCAAUCGAAUGAUAGUUUUGCGCUAGAAUUAAGCGAAGUUUGUUUGUGAUUCAUGGUAUCGUUCUAUACAAAUAAAUCAACCAUUGAUCGUAGUUUUCGUUUCAACCCUUAAUAUGCUGUGAUAAUCGACGGAAUACUUUGAGUAGUUUCACGAUUAUUCAUCGCCACCAGCCAUGAAUCAAAGGGUUCACGAUGAAAUGACGCAAAAUAAAUGAAAAAAAUUAUAUUUUAUUUUCUCUCCCUUUUUUUCUCAACUAUUACGCUAUAUUACAAUAUUAAUCUUGUUUUUAUUUCCUGUUGCUUUUUUUUCAAUUCUUCAAAUUGAAGUGAGGUUCUUAUAAACAAUAAUAAGUGAUCUCAUUCGUCUGGAAUAUGUUACAUUGAUUGAAGAAAACACAAAGAAAACUAAGUACGAUUAUGACAUAUCUCUUUCUUUUCGUCAACAAUUACAUUUUUUUGAACUAGCUACAAAAUAGAAAUUAACAAUGAUCCUAAUGUCGAUUUUUGUAUUAUUUUCAUUUUAAUUUUUUCUUUUCAAACUGAAUUUUAUAUGCAGCGAAUGCAUAAGUUUUGUUUUUGUUCUUGCACAGAAAUACAUAUAUUCCGAACAUAUUGGAACGAUGUCUAUUUUGAUAAAAA